AUGGCGCUGCCGGCGGAUCCCACCUCCUCGUCAGCGCCAUUCCAGCCAUCGUCGUCUGACUGGUACACCGAACAUACGCAACGAACGCAUAGAAAUACACCGCCACGAGGAAUGAAAAGGACGGCGGAUGACGAAGAAGAGGAGAGAGUGAUCCCUCCCUACAAUGGCUUCAAGAGAUUAAGAAUAAGCCCAAGACAGCAGGUCACUGCGCGCAACACAAUCCAGCAUAGCAAUAACGUGGACCCGCACUAUACUACAGUGAUUCCUCAGCACCAAGUGAACGGCGUACACCCAGAAGCACACCUGGGCCGGCCACCAUACUACCCUCCCUCUGUCGGAGCAGACAUCGACCAGGAACUCGUCGAUCCCCCGGUCCUCACAGACCAACUACAAGCCGCCCGCCACGCCCCAACGAUGCCAUACCCAUGUCGACUCGCGCCCGAGCCGCCUAUAUGCGACACACCUCCGCCACAACGCCUCCCGUCCCACCACAAUGACGACUAUAUGCCCCUUGACGACAACACCCACCGCAUCUUCAUCAGCGACCUGGACGCCGCCAUCGCCGAGAUCGAGGCAGAAGAGCGCGCUGCCGCCGAGAAGGACCAGGAAGCCGCCUUCUUCCUUCCAGAUGAGGUCGAAAAGGAGAUCUUCUCAGGAGUCCCUGAGCAUGUACUCCGGCAGCAGUCGCCGCCGCAAUUACCCGACCCCAGAGCAAACAGUCAGGCACUCAUCCUCUACCGAGACCCCGAAAGCAUUUCGGUCUCAGAAGAGUACGAUGCAGUCAGGAAAGCGGUACAUGAGGCUCGGCAGAGGAUACGAGAUCGCAAAGAACCGGAGCAGAAGGUAGAGGGAAGGACUCUAGAGCCGCCGCCCAUCACGCCGAUCGAUUUUGGCUACCCGCUCGGGCGACAAGCUUCUGACUGGCGACACGCCAGCGCGAGCACGACUGAUGACCACGUCCAAAACGAUGAUUACGAUGAUGCAAUGGACAUUGAAUGA